UUCAUUACUAAUUUGUGAUGUAAAGGACAGUAGAACAACAUAACUGUGUAUAUUUCCCAGUUAUCAGAUUUACAUCUAAAUGUUGUGGAACUUAUAUGAUUAAAUACGAAACUAUUUGUGUGCAAGUUCUCUUCCCUCCUGCUGGUAGUGGGAGAUGAUGCAGCAGUAACAGCAGGGAGGACAUAUCAUUGUCCCAGUCUGAGGGCAACCAGUAACAGCAGGGAGGACAUAUCAUUGUCCCAGUCUGAGGGCAAGCAGUAACAGCAGGGAGGACAUAUCAUUGUCCCAGUCUGAGGGCAAGCAGUAACAGCAGGGAGGACAUAUCAUUGUCCCAGUCUGAGGGCAAGCAGUAACAGCAGGGAGGACAUAUCAUUGUCCCAGUCUGAGGGCAAGCAGUAACAGCAGGGAGGACAUAUCAUUGUUCCAGUCUGAGGGCAAGCAGUAACAGGGAGGACAUAUCAUUGUCCCAGUCUGAGGGCAGGAAAAGGCAAACAUCACAUAAAACAAUAUACAGUGGCAAGAAAAAGUAUGUGAACCCUUUGGAAUUACCCGGAUUUCUGCACACAUUUUACAUCAAAUUUGAUCUGAUCUUCAUCUAAGUCACAACAGACAAACACAGCGUGCUUAAACUAAUAAUACACAAAUUAUUUUAUUUUUCUUGUCUAUAUUUGAAUACAUCAUUUAAAAAUUCACAGUGUAGGUUGGAAAAAGUAUAUGAACCCCUAGGCUAAUGACUUCUCCAAAAGCUAAUUGGAGUCAGGAGUCAAUUAACCUGGAGUCGAAUCAAUGAGACGAGAUUGGAGAUUUUGGUUAGAGCUGCCCUGCCCCUCAAAAAACACUCACAAAAUUUGAGUUCGCUAUUUACAAGAAGCAUUGCCUUAUGUGGAGUGGCAGGUAGCCUAGUGGUUAGAGUGUUGGGCCAGUAACUGAAAGUUUGCUGGAUCAAAUACCCGAGCUGACAAGAUAAAAAUAUGUCGUUCUGCCCAUGAACAAGGCAGUUAACCCAAUGUUCCCCGGUAGCCCGUCAUUGUAAAUAAGAAUUUGUUCUUAACUGACUUGACUAGUUAAAUAAAGGUUACAUGUGAACCAUGCCUCGAACAAAAGAGAUCUCAGAAGACCUAAGAUUAAGAAUUGUUGACUUGCAUAAAGCUGGAAAGGGUUACACAAGUAUCUCUAAAAGUCAGUCCACAGUAAGACAAAUUGUCUAGAAAUAGAGAAAUUUCAGCACUGUUGCUACUCUCCCUAGGAGUGGCCGUCCUGCAAAGAUGACUGAAAGCGCACAGUGCAGAAUUCUCAAUGAGGUUAAGAUGAAUCCUAGAGUGUCUGCUAAAGACUUACAGAAUUCUCUGGAAGAUGCUAACAUCUGAGGAUGAGUCUACCAUACGCAAAACACUGAAAAAGAAUGGUGGUCAUGGGAGAAUACCAUGAAAGAAGCCACUGCUGUCAAAAAAAACAUUGCUGCACGUCUGAAGUUUGCAAAAGUGCACCUGGAUGUUCUGCGGACAGAUGAAACUAAAGUUGGGUUGUUUGAAAGGAGAAAAAAAUUGAAAAAAGGCACAGCACACGAAUAUAAAAACCUCAUCCCAACUGGAAACUAUGGUGGAGGGAGCAUCAUAUUUGGGGCUGCUUUGCUGCCUCAAGGCUUGGACAGUUUACUAUCGACUGAAAUAUUUAUUUUGCAGGGGAAUGUAAGGUUAUCUGUCCACCAAUUGAAGCUCAACAGAAGCCAGGUGAUGCAAAAGGACAACAACCCAAAAGACAGAAGUAAAUCAACAACAGAAUGCCUUGAACAGAAGAAAAUACGCCUUCUGUAGUGGCUCAGUCAGUCCUGACUUCAACCCGAUUGAAAUGCUGUGGCAUGACCUCAAGAGAGUGGUUCACACCAGAUAUCGCAAGAAUAUUGUGGAACUGAAACAGUUUUGUAAAGAGGAAUGGUCCAAAAUUCCUUCUGACCAUUGUGCAGAUCUGAUCCGCAACUACAGAAAAAGUUUGGUUGAGGUUAUUGCUGCCAAAGGAGGGUCAACCUGUUAUUAAAUCCAAGGGUUCACAUACUUUUUCCAACCUGCACUGUGAAUGUUUACACGGUGUGUUCAAUAAAGACAUGAAAAAUUAUAAUUGUUUGUGUGUUAUUAGUUUAAUGAUAACUGGUGUCAGCCUGCCUGAGGAUCUGGGGCUUGGCAAGGCAAUAUUCCACUGAAAUCAACCAACCAAACUAGCUAGUUAUCUAACUAGCUAAAAACAGUUACCACCACCACUCAAAUCUAUAGGAAAGAAAGUGGCCAAUACAUUUCAAGCCGUAUUGGCUUGAAUACAAUAUUUGAUCUGUGAUUAACAUCAAGCACACACCAUAGACAUUCAUCUAAAUGACAGAGGACAACCCUAUCACGUUAAUCUAAAUGACAGAGGACAACCCUAUCACGUUAAUCUAAAUGACAGAGGACAACCCUAUCACGUUCAUCUAAAUGACAGAAGACAACCCUAUCACGUGCAUCUAAAUGACAGAGGACAACCCUAUCACGUCUGGCCACAUGUGCUGCUAGCUAACAUUAGCGCUAAAUUACAAGAUGUUGAGGUCAGUGUUGUAGCUAGUUAUAUAGCUAGCUAGCUAUCAAACCAUUUUUGACCAGACAAACAUUCUCAGUUAUAUGCGUUUUGAAGAACACAUUUUUAGAUAUUAGCCAUGUUGUUACCUUCACUUCCUGACUAGCAUUAUGCUGCACCAAACGAGGCUCAAAUUGAUCAUGUCAGGUUUUGGCCAGGACUGUUCAGGUUUUGGUCACUAGAUGUCCCCAUUGCACUUUUUUUGUACCUUUUGUUUUUUCCUUGCUCUAAUUAUUGUUUGCACCUGUGUGUCGUUCCCUUGUUAGCAUUUAAACCCUGUGUGUUCCUCAGUUCCUUUCUCAGUGUUUGCAUGUUAGCACCCAGCCCCAGCCCAAGCCUAAGCCUUGUUCUGAACAUAUGAUUCUCUUAUUGGAUUUUCCAGAGGUUCUCUGGUUUAGUUCUUGUGUAUUUUUUGAGUAGUCUUUUGAGGUUUGUUUUUCCCUGCUGUUUUUACCACUUUGUGGAGUUUCUUUGUAUUUUGGAGGAUAUCCAUUUUGUGCUUCUUGACUUUAUGUUUGGACAUUGUGGAUUUAGAUUCUUUGCCUGAAGAUUUUGUUCUUUAAUUAAACCACCAUCUCUAGUACUGCUGUGUCUGCCUCAUCUUCUGGGUUCUGACGAUUAUUAGUGACUGUUUCUCGCACCGGGUCCUGACAGAUCAGACUAUUAGUAAACUAUUACAUUUGAGAAAAUGAAUCGAAACCCCAAUUAACAGCAUGCACCUGCUAACCCACUAAUGUUAGUGUUAGUUGGCCUCGUGAACUCAACAUGCACAUGGUUGAAAUCACCUAAAGGUACACCCUAACUGAUCCUUUUGGAUUUUGAUUCAUUUUCUCAAAUGUAAUAGUUUACUAAUUUUAGCGAACUAAUGAAGGUGAAACAAAGUUCCCGCUAACAUUUAGCUAGAUAGCUAAUUCAUCUAGUGCUAAUGUUCAAAUCAAAUCAAGUUUAUUUUAUAUAGCCCUUCGUACAUCAGCUAAUAUCUCGAAGUGCUGUACAGAAACCCAGCCUAAAACCCCAAACAGCAAGCAAUGCAGGUGUAGAAGCACGGCUAACAUGUUAGCUAACAUGUUAGCUAGCUAGCAAUCUUCUAAAUCUAAACUUAUCAGAUGUAGCUAUAUUUACAAACAAAGAUCUCGACAAUUCACUUAGCCAAUAUAACAAGUUUGUCCACCAGCUAACUUAUUAAAAAAUGAACAUAUUACUUACCUUUCACUGCUGCCAAUCCAGCUGCCCUUGCACCAUCGGCAAUUAGAUGAAAAGGAAGUUUCAAGUUAAACCUGGAAGCUCAAUCAACACUGCUCAGUGCCACUGCCCUACCUCUGUACAGUAACUCUCACCUGGGAGUUAUAUUAGCACAGAUGGUGUAAAAACAACUCAACACCUCUUAACACUAAAAAUGUAACACCAAGACAAUGAAAACGUGUUAAUGUAACAGUUUAACUUUACGUCCAUCCCCUCACCCAUACCCAGGCUCGAACCAGGGACCCUCUGCACACAUCAACAACUGACACCCAUGAACAUCAUUACCCAUCGCUCCACAAAGGCCGUGGCACUUGCAGAGCAAGGGGAACCACUACUUCAAGGUCUCAGAGCAAGUGAGGUCACCGAUUGAAAGGCUAUUAGCGCGCACCACCGCUAACUAGCUAGCCAUUUCACAUCGGUUACAUUAACACUGGCCAGUUUGCUCUGUACUGGAAAUGUAAUAUAGAGAAAAGAGGGUAAUUCUCACAUGUAUUUUACUCUAAAUUCUGUAUUGCAGAACAAUAAUCUAGAAGCUAAAAAGCGAAGCUGUCACAGAAGUGAUGGAACGUAAUCUCCCUGUAGUGACCCUUCACCAAGAUCUAAGUAAACAUGCAGGCCAAGGUCAUAACAUAAACACCUUAAGGACGAUGACGGGCUUUAUAAUGAUGUUCCCCAAAUCUAAUAGCAUUUCUCUACGAACAUGAUAAACAAAUUAUAUCAGGGGUUUGCUGGCUGUACUUUACAAGAUUACGGGUAAAAAGCCCAGAGGCUCAGGGGAUUCAAAGGUCAGUGUUCCCACUGGUCCAUAAAGAUUUGGAUGACUGGUUGCUUUAGUGCAAUACAGUCCUGUAGCCUAGCCAUGGCUGUUUUCUGUGGAAACUGUUUAAUUUCUGAUGUUGGAAAGAGAGUCCGAAUUUCCAACUGAAUUUCCAAUGAACAUGACAGAAAGUGUCAUACUUUACACAGUGUGUUUCAACUGUAUAUUUCAUGUUCAGUUUAACCUGUAAAACAUAAUCUGGCAUGUUUGGUGAAAAGCGACCUGAGACAAGCUCCACAGCCAAUUGAAAUACUGUAUCCUGAGAUUGAAUCAAACAAAUAUGGGAGAAUGUUAAACUCUGAAUAAAUGUAUUCUAAACAUGUUAACCUCUCUAAUGGACUUGCCCGCACUUGUAUGGCUCUAGCACACUGCAGUUUACUUGCAAAAUAAUACUACUGUAAAUGUGUCUCUUAUUAAAUAUCUCCAAGGGAAAAUAAGUGGGCCGUGGUUUAAAUUACAAAUAUACUGAACAAAAAUACAAAAUGCAACAUUGUAAAGUGUUGGUCCCAUGUUUCAUUAGCUGAAAUAAAAGAUCACAGAAAUAUUCCACACGCACAAAUUCUAUCAAAUGUUUCUUUUUUGCCAAGAUCAUUGAUCCACCUGACAGUGGGACAACAUUUCACAGGCCACAAUCAACAGACUGAUCAACUCUAUGUGAAGGAGAUGUGCCACACUGCAUGAUGCAAAUGGUGGUCACAUCAGAUACUGACUGGUUUUCUGAUCCACGGCCCUACCUUUUUAUUAAGGUAUCUGUGACCAAAAGAUGCAUAUCUGUAUUCCCAGUCAUGUUAAAUCCAUAGAUUAGGGUCUAAUGAAUUUAUUUAAAUUGACUGAUUUCCUGAUAUGAACUGUAACUCAGUAAAAUCUUUCAAAUAGUUUCAUGUUGCGUUUCUAUUUUUUCAGUGAGCCAGACAGAACUAGGUUUACAUAGAGAGAAAAAAUGGUCUCUGUUUGAGGGCAGAGUGACGACAUUGUAAUGAUCUGUGUUCGGCUCAAAUAAGAGUGUUCAUCCUCUCAGAACACUCUUCAGUUGAGGAGAGAUGCUCACGGUGAUGAUACAUGGGGAAUGAACACAGAGGACGUGUACAUCAGGAAGGAGACCACAGAGCUCUGGAGAUAAGGUGAGUUAACAUUAAAGCCAAUUGGCAUCUUCAUGGAAUGAAAAAGAUGAAAGGGGAAAGAUGUUUCAUUAUGAUUAACGCCAAUGUUUUAUGUUCGGAAAGUUUAUUAGAUGAGGUGCCUACAAAAUGUUGGCCAAAUGAAAAAAAGUUAUUCUAAGAAUGUGAGAAGGAGAGAUGAUUCAAAGUGGCUGAAUUGUAACAGAUCCAAGUUAGAAAUAGCAAAAAUGUGGAUACACACCUCAACAUAUAAUGUAUGGGCCAUUUUUAUGGUCAGGAAAAUGAGUACUGUAUGAACAUGGAGCAGACAGAAGCUAAACAGAGGUCUGAGCUUAUUUGAACAGUUUUGAAAUGUGCUAUUGUUUCAGUUAUGCAAUGGACUAACUUACAAGUCAUGGCAGUACUAUGUUUGUCUUGUCAGAAUUAAUCAAGGUUUACUAAUGUUAGCAGACUUGAGGGGUUCCUGAGCAUCAGUGAAACAUUAUGCCGGUGUCUGUUUCUCAUUAUUCAUGUCCAGUAUUUCACUUUUCCACUGUUAAAAGAAAUAGGUAUGACCAGAGAGAGCAGGAAACACUCCUUAUGUGGGUUCCAGAGGCUGGUGGGAGGAGCUAUAGGAGGAGGGGCUCAUUGUAAUCGCUGGAAUGUAAUUAAUGGAACGGUAUCAAACACAUCAAACAUAUGGAAAUCACACGUUUGACUCUGAUCCCUUAACUCCAUUCCAGUCAUUACAAUGAGCUCCUCUUCCUAUAGCUCCUCCCACCAAUCUCCACUGGUGGAUUCUCAUGUGUUGUCUCUUUUUUUAAGGAUGUUGCAGUUCAAUGAUUGUUCAAACACGUGAAAAAACAUUGAAAAAAUACAUAGAUAAAACAUUAUUUUCGUCCAGUUUCCCAAUGUUCCUGAACACAACCAAGGGUCUCUUCCCCACUGAGGGCCCAGACUCAAAGCUGGACUGGACCGAGUUGGACCCCUAUAACUGUACCAACUACACAGCAGCCUGGGACUGGCUUUCCUCCUACCAGCCGGUCUACAUGGUUCUGCUCAGCGUGAUGGGCGUAGUGGCCAACGGUCUGGUCCUCUGUGUCUUCUGUUUGCAGAGGAAGCCAUGCACCGUGGCUGAUGUCUACCUGGGCAACUUGGCAGCUGCAGACCUGGUCAUGGUGUCCUGUUUACCCUUCUGGGCCGCCACCAUUGCUAACAACUACCACUGGGAGUUCGGCGAGCCCAUAUGCAAGCUGGUCAAUGUGGCCAUCUCCAUGAACUAUUACUGUAGUGUUUUCUUCCUGGUGCUGGUUAGCGUCGAUCGCUACCUGGCUCUGGUCCGGCCCAUGUUCCAAAGCCGACUGCGGAGGGUGGCCUGGGCCAAGUGCAUCUGCCUGGGGAUAUGGAUCGUAGGGUUCGUGCUGAGUUUGCCCAUCCUGGUCUUCCGCAGGGUGAAAUACGUGGCCAAGGCUGGGGUGAUGGCCUGCGUCCUGGCCUACCCCCAUCCGGACUGGGAGAUCCAGCGCAACGUCACCAAUAACGUGGUUGGGUUCCUACUUCCGGUGAUAGUGGUGUCGUACUGUAGCCGCCACAUCGUGAUCAGUCUGAAAGACGGUCAGAUCAGAAAAACUCCCGGGGUGAGGUCAGAGAGGAAGGCCACACAACUGGUCCUGACUGUCCUCACGGUCUUCCUCAUCUGCUGGACGCCCUACCAGGUGGUGCGCUUCCUGGACACGCUGGAUUACUUCCAGGUCACGCCAGGAUGCCUCUGGGGUCACAUUCUGGACAUUACCAUACAGCUGUCCACCUACCUGGCGUACGCCCACAGCGCCAUCAACCCCUUCCUGUACGUCAUUGUGGGGAGACAAUUCAGGAAGAGGGCAAAAGAAGUGUUCGGGACAAUGUUAAAAUGCAGGUUGUCGGAUAAAUAUUUUCUGACGGUAAAUUUCACCUCCAAUGGAAGACUGGCCACUCAAAGGAUACAAUGUACACAACUUGUGAAACAAACUGUGACGUGACAAGAGUCUGUCUGGAUAUCCGUCUGUCCUGGAAGAACUGAUCCAGACUGAAACAUUUCAUCUUUAGCUGGUUUUGCUUAUUGUAAAUAUGUUCUGUCUUGAAACUGAAUGGAACUCUGCCAGUUAUUGCUGAGAAAUCAAAUGAGGUGAAAAAGUGAUCAGGGAUAUACAGCUGACUUCUGUCUUCGUUUAACUUGUAAUUACCGGCAGACAUCUGUUCCCAAUCAUCAGGAGGUUUAUUUCUGCAAAUAGUCAGUUUGGCUGUCUACAAUAUUUGUUAGCUUUAUCUAACUCCUGUUGUAAUUAAUUUGUUGAUUUAUGUAGAGUUAAUAUGAAUAGCUACAGACUCCAUUCGGGUUCACGAUCCUAAAGAUUAUUUAUGUGGUAAUGAAGGCACUAAAUAACGACUGUCUGGUGUAGAAGAUUAAUCUAAAUGUGAUCUAGGAAGUAUUUUAUUGUCAUAGAGCCCCUUUUAACUUUGAUAGAGUGUGCUAUUAUGUUAAAUUAUUAUUCUAGAGAAGGACUAUGAAUGGGACAUGCUGACUAAUUGAAAUGUAAAAGGUAAUAUUGUCUUUUGAAAAGCUCAUGUUCAUUUUUCUUCUUGGAGGUUAUGAUUUAAGCUUCCAUAUUUCUUAACAAUUCUGCUCAAAAUGUGUAUGUAUUGCAUUAAAAGGACUUUUGUAUGUAUCAAAAUGCUGUCCACUAUAAUGUGUUGAUAUAAAUUAACCCAUGGCUUGAGUAAAGAGAGAUCUAUUUUUCAGUAGUCUAUGUGCACUGUUGACACAGACUAGUAUUUAGUCCUUUGUCGUCCUGCAGACAGGCUUGCUACUGCAUACCCUCAUUGGCUCCCAGACAGAUGGAGAGGUUCUGCACAGAUUUGGUCGGGCCACUGUAAAAUGGGCACUCUGGCUCUGCCAAUGGUAGCCAUUAAACAUGGCCUUAAAGAAGUCUAACAGAAACUGGCACAGAUUACCAUGCAUGUUUGGGCAUGCGUAACAUUUUGAGGGAUAACAAGCCAUUUAAACCACCUCUAAUCAGGGUGGAACAAUGUUUAACUCAAACAAAUGUAUUUACAUUAAAGAAGCACGACACCCCAUAGACAUAUAAUGACAUCCACUGCUCUGGUGCUCAUUGUAUGAGAAUGUACUGAGCUACUCAGAUAAGCAAACUUCCACAGUGUUCUAUGUUACAAUAAUGGUGAGGAGGCGGAGCUGUCCAUCAAUAUGCCUAUGAUUAGGUUCUUAUGUUCUUCACAUGCUAAACAGGAAGAUACUAUCCUCCUGUGCCCCCUUGGGGUGACACACUGGCCAUUAACAUACUCUAUUAUAAUGUACAAAUAAUGAUGUUGGAAGAGUCUGCCAUGAUGCUGUCAUUAGAGAUGCAGGCCUGGAAAUAAUAACAACCACAUUAUUGGGACUCGCUGUGCUUCACAGCUAUGGGUUUAUCAAUUAGACUGUUAUGGAUGGAACUCAUCAAUAAAAUGAGCUCCCUCAGGGCAUCUAGUUGUAUUGGGUUAUAACCUGGGUUGUGUUCAGUAGUUAAAAAAAAACUUGUUGAAGUAGAGUGAAACGGAGCGGUACUACCUGAAAGUGUCCAAUAAGAAUGCAGAUAUUUAUCAUGUUUUGCUACGGUAUGCGCCAUUAAGCAUGACCCUGAUGUCAACCCAGAGUACAUAUAUUCUUAAUUCCAUUCCUUUACUUUAGAUUUGUGUGUAUUGUUAUGAAAUUGUUAGAUAUUACUUGUUAGAUAUUACUUGUUAGAUAUUACUGCACUGUUGAAGCUAUAAACACAAGCAUUUCGCUGCAACUGCAAUAAGUCUGCUAAACACGUGUAUGUGACCAAUACAAUUUGAUUUGAUGAGUGGAGAUGUACUUGGAUCUGUCAGCAGUUCUGAAGGUCGCCACCAGAGAUGAGUACGUUACCACAGAUUGCACUAAUAACUGCAUCGAAAUGCACUCAUGAAAUGAACAAAAUAAAAUCUGUAAAAAUAUCAACUAUGCUAUAAAGGAUCAAAUUCAAACUAAGCGUUUACACGUUAAUUGCACAAAGGAAAACAAGGUGGUGUUCCUUAUUGGAAUUUUAAAGGUCAAAACACACAUAGGGACUCACUACAUGAAUUUACAAAAUAUGUCUGUUUAUAUAGGAUAUCAACUCAUAUUGCAAAUUUUCAUAACUACUUACAUAACUUUUGUAUGUAUCAAAAUGUUGACCAAUAUACUGUGAGGAUAUAAAUAAAUCCAUGCCGUGUUAGAAUAAACAGAGCUCUAUUUCUCAGUA